AUGGAUGGUUAUAACCUGUUGUUUUGCAGCCACAACACCCGACAGUCUGUCUGGAUUUACAAUAGUCUGUUUGACGACAUCUUCAUCACUGAUGACGUCAUAUCCUCCAUCAGAAACGUGAACACCCAGCUGGAUUGUGGGAAGGAGUGUACAAAGCGUGCCGGCUGCAAUUCAUUUUCUCACAACAGUAAUGAUGGAACAUGCUCCAUGCAUUCAGCAAGAUUUACGAACAGCGCCAGUUAUCUCCCUUCACAGGGGUCGCGCCACUACUCAGCUAUUACUGAUGUCUGCCCAGUUCAAGAUGGAUACGUGCUUUUGAGGGAUCUGAACUUGUGUUUCAAAGUCUUCAACGUUACCAAAACGAUGAGUGAUGCACGUGACCUUUGUAACCAAUCAGGUUCCAGGCUGAUCGUCCUGGACACCGCAGAAAAGAACGACGCUGUCAGUGCCUACAUUGUAGCAAAUAUAGGUCAAUACAACUAUUACAUUGGUUUGACAGACGAGGAUCACGAGGAUGUGUUUGUCUGGGAGGAUGGGAGCGUUGUUAGUGAUAAGAAGUGGAUGUCUGGAGAACCCAACAACUCGGGUAACGCCAACUGUGUUAUCUUAAAGGUCAAAAACACACUUUGGAAUGAUAUACCCUGUUCAAGGAAACGCAGAUACAUCUGUGAAAAAGCCAUCUGAUUUUUUAAAAAAAAUUUAUUACCUCGCUUCAAAUAGGGAUCGCUACACAGGCGUCGAAAUUGGUUAAAAUUCUGCCGGACAUUCGAUUCUACAAGCUACAAAUACUGCCGGCCGGACCAAACAUGAUCGAC